AUGACUACCUUCUCCUGUUGUGAGCUAUCACUGUGGUUGCUCCUCGUGGCGAUCGCCAGCUUGAUGGUAGCUGCCAACGCCCAAGAUACGGUGUUUGUCACAGUCAAAACCACAGUGGAAGCAGCUGAGACCGUGCAUGCGACACACACUGCCCCCAGUCCAGCGUCAUACACAUCGCUCAGUGAUUUCAAGGACACAGUACUUCAAGUUAGCAACGACUAUCGCACGACGCACGAUGCGGGCCCAUUAGUCUGGAAUGAUACAUUGGCAAAAUAUGCGCGGAAUUGGGCCGAAACGUGUAUCUGGAAGCAUUCGAAUGGCCCAUAUGGCGAAAACCUUGCUUUCGGAUACUCCAAUGCGUCUGCAGCCGUCGAGGCUUGGGGGGAUGAAGGCGAUCUAUACAACUUCCACAAACCGACAGGCUUUACAGAGAAAACGGGUCACUUCACCCAAUUGGUGUGGAAAUCUACGACCGAGGUGGGAUGUGCUGCGAUCAAUUGCGGGUAUACCGACUCCAAUCGCAGUGUGCGACGAGACAUGGUUGAUGACAAUCACCUGGUCGUCCGAGGACCGGACGGUAGUACCCGAGCACAGGGCUGGUACGUUGUGUGUGAAUACACACCGGCUGGUAACGUUGUUGGGAUGGACGACAAGUUCUUCAAGCUGAAUGUCAAGCAGGGCUCGUCGUCGCAGACGAGCUCGGCGACUGCGUCCGCAAGCCAGGAAAUUAGGGGCGCAUCGAUGAAGAGCGCGAUGGAAUCAAAUUUCUGCGUAAUGCUUGUUGCUCUGGGGACCGUGGGCGUGGCCAUGGGUCUGUAUACAUAG